GCGAAAUGAGAAGCUUAAUCGCGGGGAUUUUGGUAGUUGCCAGCCUUUUGCUCCGCUGCCAAGGAGCUCAGUGGCUCCUGGAGGAAGAAUGCGGAGAUUUUUCCCCUAUUGUUGGAAGAAUGGAUAACGCCGAAAAUGCGAAAAUAGCUACUCAUCCAUACAUGGCUUACUUGUACACACCCACUGAAUUCCAGUGCUCCGGAUCGCUAAUCAAUCACUGGUUCGUCUUGACCACUGCCCACUGCAUUCCCGAUGACCUGAACAUAAUCGUUCGGUUGGGCGAGUAUAACAGAAGGACCAAGGAGGACUGUGUGGGACGCUCUUGCCAAGGAGCCACCAAGGAGUACCAAGUGGACAUGGCCUUCAAACAUGAUCAGUACGAUCCGGAUCAGCACACCGACAAUAUCGGACUCUUGCGCCUCGCUGAAAGGGUGGAGUACGAAAAUCAUGUCAGCCCAAUUUGCGUUUUUGUGAACACCGCUAUGCAGAAUAGGGUGGCUCAGCUCACUUGGCUUACGGCCACCAGUUGGGGCGACGUUCUCAAGGAGCUGAAACUCCAACGCCUUCCGAAGGAGGAGUGCUCCAAUAUAUACGGCAGGGGCCUCACCUUCGACGAGAUCUGCGCCGGAAAAGAAUACGACAAGGGUGGCCUUUGUGAAGGCGAUUUAGGUGCUGCUCAGGUUCGGCUAAUGUGGCACAACCGGCGUAAGCGCUCCGUCCAACUGGGAAUCGCCAGCGGGAUGAACAGCGAGUGCGAGAAGGCAAGCAUUCUCACGGAUGUCGUGGGCUACGGUGACUGGAUUAAAAGAGUGGUUCACCUGUAUGGACACGUUGAGGAAACCCAGAGUCUUUCGGAGCCGAGUGUAUGGAUUGACUAUGUAUCCGGUUUUUAUAAGCCUUUGUAGGCAUGUCUGUCUGCCAGUGAACAAAUUAUACUCCAAUGGGUGCGAAAUGGA